AUGGUGGGAGACCGCAUCAAGUUCUUCCGGCACACGGGGGCUGUCCAACGACUCUUGGCCCUGAAAUACAGCGACAUCUACCCAAGGGGUUUUUUGGAGGAGUUAGCAUUGUCGAUCCGCCUGUUCUUCCCGGUAGAGGGUGUCAGGACGCGUCGACGAACAAGGAGAAUCGAGCAGAAGCACGAGGUAGACCUUGAGGUAGGGCUGCGCGAUGAGUUGCUGGAGAGAAGGCUCGAGAAUUACCCAUACUUUGGAGACAAGCUUAGAGUCAUUUGGCGCAACUACGACCGAUCGGAGCCUCGGCGUCUGAAGCAGUGGUGGUUUGAUCGCAGAAGGAAAUAUCAGUGGGUAGGUCUGGUAGUCGCCAUCGUGAGCUUCGUUGUCACUGCCAUCUUUACCAUCAUCUCGGCAGUGACAGGCAUCGUCGAUGUCUGGCAGGAGUCAAGGCUCUGA